AUGUCAGCAGCUUUUUAUUUAUGAAGAGCCACAUACUAUCACCAAUGUGCAUGUGACAUGGAAGAGGAACAGGCUAUGGAAACCACGUUCUCUUUCAACCUUGCAGAAGGCUGCAUGAAAUGAAGCAUACCUUGCAGCCAGAUGCAGCUUCAAUCUGAGAUACUGACCUGACUUCCAGAGCUGUGAUUACCCCAACUGGAGUGUUCCUAAUUGUUCAUCGGUUCAAAACCUUGUCUUAGUGUAAAAAAGCUCUGCUUGACCAAAAUGGUGGACACUGAAAACCAGCUCUAUCUACUUACUUCAUUGGAGGAGGAUGAUAUAGGCAGCCCUUUAUCUGGAGAGUUCCUACAAGAUAUGGAGAACAUUCAAGACAUCUCUCAGUCUCUGGGCGAUGAUAGCUCUGGAGCUCUAAGUUUAACAGAGUUCCAAUCAUUGGGAAAUGGUCCAGGAUCUGAUGGAUCAGUUAUAACAGACACCCUUUCACCAGCAUCCAGUCCUUCAUCCAUUAAUUUUGCCACAGCUCCAAGUAGCAUAGAUGAAUCACCCAGUGGAGCAUUAAACAUUGAAUGUAGAAUUUGUGGGGAUAAAGCCUCAGGCUACCAUUACGGAGUACAUGCUUGUGAAGGUUGUAAGGGUUUUUUUAGAAGAACAAUUCGAUUAAAACUCAUCUAUGAUAAAUGUGAUCGCAACUGCAAAAUUCAGAAAAAAAAUCGUAAUAAGUGCCAAUACUGUCGAUUUCAAAAGUGCCUUUCAGUUGGAAUGUCACAUAAUGCAAUACGUUUUGGACGAAUGCCAAGGUCUGAGAAGGCAAAGUUAAAAGCAGAAAUUCUAACAGGUGAAAAUUAUGUAGAAGAUUCAGAAAUGGCAGAUCUUAAAUCACUUGCCAAAAGAAUUCAUGAUGCCUACCUGAAAAACUUCAAUAUGAACAAGGUUAAAGCCAGAGUCAUUCUUGCUGGGAAGACUAAUAACAAUCCACCAUUCGUUAUCCAUGACAUGGAUACCUUGUGUAUGGCAGAGAAGACGCUGGUGGCAAAACUGGUAGCCAAUGGAAUUCAGAAUAAGGAAGCCGAAGUUCGAAUCUUCCAUUGCUGCCAGUGCACCUCUGUAGAGACUGUCACGGAACUUACCGAGUUUGCCAAAUCCAUCCCUGGCUUCUCCAAUCUUGACUUGAAUGAUCAAGUGACAUUGUUAAAAUACGGAGUUUAUGAAGCCAUAUUUGCCAUGUUAGCUUCUGUAAUGAACAAGGAUGGGAUGCUGGUAGCCUAUGGAAACGGUUUUAUAACCCGGGAGUUCCUGAAAAGCCUAAGGAAGCCGUUCUGUGAUAUAAUGGAGCCAAAAUUUGAUUUUGCAAUGAAAUUCAAUGCACUGGAGUUGGACGAUAGCGAUAUAUCCCUUUUUGUGGCUGCUAUCAUUUGCUGUGGAGAUCGUCCUGGUCUUGUAAACGUAGGACACAUUGAAAAAAUGCAAGAGAGCAUUGUGCACGUACUGAAACUUCACUUGCAAACCAACCAUCCUGAUGACAUCUUCCUCUUCCCAAAGCUUCUUCAAAAAAUGGCUGACCUCCGACAACUUGUAACAGAACAUGCUCAGCUUGUUCAGAUAAUUAAGAAGACUGAAUCUGAUGCACAUUUACACCCUUUACUACAGGAAAUCUACAGGGAUAUGUACUAGAGAUUUUUAUUAUUUUUUUCCACAAUAUUUAAAGACAACAGCAAUAUUAAUAAUAGAUGGGAGCAAAAUUACUUGCACAGUUAUCUGUUGUUCACUCAGUCUGGAGCAUGAAAUAUCUAACAGCUAGAUUGUUAAACUUCUGGUUUGGGUUCUUCUGUCCUCUUUUGAAAGAGUUCUGCAGAGAAAUAUCAAUCUUAAUGCUCAUGAAGUUGCUUGCAAGGCUUCAUUUAUUGGAAAUUUGAGGAUUGGUAAGGAAUAUGUAUUUGCACAAUAAAUCAGAAUGUUGAUUAACAGAAAUGAACAAAACUUUAUUUCCUCUUGGCUAAGUCAUUUCAGAAUUAAUAUAACAAAUUCAGCAAAUUCUCUUCAGGUAUAUAUAUGAACAAUCAUAAAGAUUAUGCACUUUUGGCUGAUGGCAAUUACCGAGAACUAACUAAAACUUUUUUCUUAAGCCAAUCAGUCUGUAUGUGUCAGUGUUUGGAUGUUACUGUACAUAUGUAUCUAAAAAAAUUGAAAGUCCUUUGACGUGCUGCCGCCUGAGGUCCAAGAAGUAUGGGGGUGGAUCUUAAGGUAGUUCUACAUUGAUGAACUUCAACAUUAGCAUGUUGAAAAGCAAUUUCUUUUAUGAAAUGAAAGAAAAUCCAAAGAGCUAUCUGAAGUACAGCAGAGGUGCUCCGUUUAGGUGUCUGUAUGACUACCUGAAACAAAGUGUUCCUUUUUUAAUGUGUUUUUAAUGAAGUAAGAAAUAUCUCUGUGGAUAAAUAUAUGAUACUGUGUGCAUUCUGGAGCGCUUGCAAUAGCUUGAGAUGCAGUUCUUGAGCAACAUAUCACUUUGAAUUGGCAGGAGUUCUGGAGAGACUCCAAGAAAUCUAAUUGUAGCCCAGAGAAAAUGAAUUCCAACUUCAUAGCAUUCUAGUGCCUGGGAUGAUAGCUUAUACUGAGGAAAGYGUUGUAAGAGAAUGGCACCUUCCUUCUUGACAGGUAUUUCUGCAGUGUAGAGUGAUUCAAACUUUUUUUACUUYUCUGACAAGUAGAUGAUUUUGUAUUGUUCUUUUCAAUUAUCCACUCAGAUAAACUUGCUGUUCUUUCUUAUACCUUGUCCAUAGCAAUAUUAAUCAUGUUAUUUAAUCAAAUUUUGUACUUUUCCAUACAAUCAUAAUGGAUGACAGUAUUAGCAAGAGCAACAUCUGUAGAUGUCAAUUAUGUAAUACAUGAAAGAGAGCCCCAGGUGAGAGUAAAUAAAUCUAUUGAGUACCUAAGAUAAAACAUUGGUUUUACAAAAUUACUUAGUGCUGAUGCAGAAUGAGCCCAAAUGAAACAGCUUGACUUUUGAAAUUUAACAGGAUCCUUUAUCAUAGAUUCUUGUACUAAAAGCRAAAGCAAGUGCUAGCUAUUAGUUUAAUUGCAUAUUUGUUCAAGACUCUGUUAUUUCUUUUCUGCUUCAUUUUUUUUUCUUCUAAUCUGGUAAUUCAGUUCUGCUAUUUCCCUAUCUGUUUGUUUGUUUCAUAACACAAGGAUCUUGGAUGCCAAUAUUUUCACAAUGUCAGUGAAAUGCCAGUGUUUUCACAAUAAUUAAACUCCUAAUAGCACAGGAGGGCACUUAAUGCUUGGUUUAUUGUAGCAGGUUUCAGAAUCUUAAACAUUCAUUGAAAGAAUUAACAAGGACGGGUAAGGUGAGAACCUCAUACUGUGUUUCUAUUUUGGCCACCACACUUGUUUCUUACAGGCUCACUUACAGGCUAGACACUGGAUAAAUUACAGGCUUAAAAGCAAUUUGAUAUUUAUCCAGGUGAUGGCCAUUAGCUGGGGUUUUAGUUACUGCAAUUGUGCAAAAUACUAAUGCAUAGGCCUUGAAUUCGGUGACUGUCUUGGGCAGGACGGAAAGAAUAAAUGCAUAGAUACAGAACCAUCCCUCCUUCCCU